CCUGCAGUAAAAUGAGGCGGGAGUUCGCUGACUCGUUUGGCUGCGAGUGUAAUGGUUGCAUUGCGAAUCUGAAGAUAUGGGUGAUGCAUUACGGACUUGCUUUCGAUAUAAUGCUGUCUAGCUUGAUCUCUCCUGAGAUGGAGAUUUAGCCAGGAACAGUCCAGACGUUCUGCAUCUCGUGCUUUCUAUACAACCACCACUGACAUUGCUACUCGAAUUCGAAGAAUAACAUCUCGGACACUGUAACCGAGUAAGCUAGCUGUACUUGUAGCUAGCAAGCUUGUGGUAGCGACGUGUUUUGUUGAAGGAGUGUUUGUUGUAGUCUAAAAUGAAUUAAACUAGUAAAUAGUUUUAAGAUAUCCAACUGUCAAAACACUAUAGUUAGCCUUUGUAACGUCUUAUUCAGUUAUUUCCGUGGUUGUGAUUAUCCGUUUCGCAAUGUUAUCUUGAGAAACGGGUUGACUUGACGAGUUGUCUGAAGCCAGCGACGCGGCCCAAAACAGUCACUCGUGUGGAGAUAAAGCUGGCAGCUUCCUUGGUCUCCCAGAGUGUCCUCCGCAAGGAGCCAGGAUCUGGACAGCUCAUGACUUCGGACCAGGAAGCAAAAGUUAUAGCGGAACCCCAGGUGCAGCAAGCACAGGAAGCCAAGGAAGACAUCCCCCUUCUGGAGUCUGCCAAGGUGUCGGACCUUAACCCGAAUGCAAAAGCAUGGGCCAAUCAUGUUCCUAACCUGGAGGCCUCUGGAACAGCCUACUCGGACACCUUGCAGUCAUGGCCGGAUACAACUAACGGCCCAGCAGACUCUGUGACAGAAGGGUACGAAACCAGCUGUGAGCAUCAGCAUGCAACAGUCUCCAUGGAUGCCACCCUGACAACACCGGCCAAGCCCGUGGACAUGGAGAGUGCUGCCAAAGACUCGAAACAGCAGCUCAACCUGGCAGGUGGGAGUGAGGCUGACCCCUCCAGCCAGUCUGAGGAUCUCCGGGAGAAACUGAAGGCCACGCUGGAGUUCUGCCUUUCACGGGAGAACCUCGCCAAUGACAUGUACCUCAUCUCUCAGAUGGACAGUGACCAGUACGUGCCAAUCGUCACAGUGGCCAAUCUGGACCAAAUCAAGAAGCUCAGCACUGACGUGGAGCUCAUCUCUGACAUUCUAAAAUCGCUGCCUCUGGUCCAGGUGGAUACGUGUGGUGAGAAGGUGCGGCCCAAUCAGAACCGCUGUAUCGUCAUCCUGAGGGAGGUCCCUGAGGCCACUCCAGUGGAGGAAGUCGAAGCGCUCUUUAAGAGUGAGAACUUACCCAAGUUUAUCAACUGUGAGUUUGCCUACAACGACAACUGGUUCAUCACCUUUGAAUCUGAGGCAGAUGCACAACAGGCAUACCAGUACCUUCGAGAGGAAGUGAAAACCUUUCAAGGAAAACCAGUCAAGGCCCGCAUAAAGGCCAAAGCCAUUGCCAUCAACACAUUUGCGCCAAAGAACGGCUACCGGCCGGUCGAGGUGCCUGCUAACGUCCAGCAGCGCUACCAGUCCUACUACAUGCCCCCCAUCUAUGGAGCACAGCAACAGUUUCCUCCUCUCUACAGACUGGUGGCCCCUCAAGGCUGGUCUACAACACAAGGCUACUUGGAUCCCACCAUGCAGGUGGCUCCAUUUCCAAACCCAAGCUUCAUCAAUGGCUUUCCAGGGUCCCCGAACUUCAAAUCCGCUACAUCCCCUCUUAAUAUAAGACAGUACGCCCCGAGAAACAGUUUGUCUCUAUCCAUCUCCUUGGGCAGAAACCACAACAAACCCCAUGUGCGAUCAAACACCCUGGGUCUGGACAGAGGUGUAGGGAUCCUAGACAACCCUCCCCCCUUCCCCAGUUUCCCUGCAGACCGCGUGGCCAACGGGGCCCGCGCUCCUCCACCCCACCCCCUGGGCCCUGGCCGCACGCGCAUGCCCACUGGCCUCCCCCACCCCCGCCGGGAGCAGGUUGGCAGUGGACGCAUGGAGCCUAACGGGGCAAACUCUUCCAUCAGCGCUGGCCGUGGCAGGAAAAAUGUGUAUGGCAAUAGAAAGAGACGGGAUGACAAGUUUACACGAUCCACCACGCAGUCCCCUCCUCCUGGCCCAGAGCGCGCCCCCUCGCCCAGCUUUGAACUGGGCCUGUCCAGCUUUCCGCCCCUCCCUGGCGCCGCAGGCCAGCUCAAGCCUGAGGUGAAGGCAGAAGUCCCCGCCGAGAGCAGACUGUCCGCUAUCGUCACUGGAACCACUAAGACAGACAAGCCCGUGAGUAAGGAUCUGGUCAGCAGCCGUUCUGUAGCUUUGGCGUCUCCCAAAGAACUACCCCAACCUGCUGUGGCCCCGCCUGUCCAGGACGCUAAGCCGCCCCCAUCUCCAGCCUGCUCCCACGACACUCCGAAGGCUCCACUGGAGAAGCCCAAAGACAAGCCACUAACUGCAGAUAAGACGGCGGCACCAGGCCCGUCACUGACCACUCCUACUCCGCAGACCGCAGUAGCUAAGCAGGAGCCACGGAAGCCCAGCUAUGCUGAGAUCUGCCAGAGAAUAAGGGAGGCUCCCCUCACGCAUCAAACCCCCCAAGAGGCCCGGCCGGCCUCCGGGGACGACAUCCGGGCCCCUGAGUCGGGCGAGCCCAAGAGCAAGGACGCCAAGCCUCCUGCCGUGCGCCCCCGUGAGGCGUGGAGGCCCCAGCCAGAGGGUGGAGAGAGACUUGGCACUGAGGCCGUAACCUCCUCCUCCUCUGCGCACCACACCUGAAGGGGCUCACCAGCUCCAUUCCUGCAAGGACUGGAAAAGAGAGAAGUAGAACACCCCCCCCCCCCCACCACCGCUCUCCCCAGUGUGUCAGGGCUGUAACAUUAAUAACCCCUACACAGAGACAUGCGCGCAUACACACAAACAUAUGAAUACGCACACACAUACUGCACAUUCUCCCUGAUUUCAGACUAUCUCUGCUCUCUCCACUGAUUUCUCACUAGUGACAAUUCUCUAUCCUGCACCCCCCACCCCCACCCUGCUGCUUUGCAAUCCCAAUCCCCCUAAGUGCAUACAUGACGGCUUGUCACUGGAAUCAGGGCUUGGAGGCAGAAGCACUUGUGGGUGCAGAGGCAUUUUCUUUUUGUGUGUGUGAGUGUGUGUUUAUGUUCUCUACUCUUGAAAUUUUUUUUUUUUUUUUUUUUUUUUUCCCUUUUCAAGGACAAUGAUAAUUAAGUACUGGCACAGAUAGAACGUAUGUACUCUGAGUAGUUUGGCAAGAAGCUAAUGCUUUUUAAUGUAGCUACGUGUUGGUGGUAGAAGUGUGGAAAUUGGGUUAGUGCUGAACACUUUUCUUUUAUACAUCUCUAUAAAUAUAUUUUAUAUAAUCCUUUUUUUAAACCAGGGUGAUGUUAGGCAGCACUGGUUUAGAUUUUUUUUUUUUUUACUUUUGUCCAACAUUUUCCUUGAAAGCAGGUGUUGUAGCCAUGUUCUGCAUGAUUGAAACAUUCUGGAAAAAUAAUCUUCCCUCAGUUUUUUUUACCGUUUUACAAAUCAGCACUGGAGAAUUUGCUCGCUUUUUUUUUCUUUUUUAAGGAAAACUAAAACAAUGCACCAGCACACAGUAAUACCUUUUGAAUCCUUUGUAUUGGCGUGGUACAGUAGCUGGUGAGAAGUAUUCCAUUGUCCUGUGUAUGAUUAUUUUUUUUUCUUUUCUUUUUUUUUUUAAAAGAUGUAUCUAAUUUUUGGUUUCUAAUUUUAAUUGAGCGCCUUACAUUUUGUCUUGAGUUUUGUUAUGUAUUUUUUUUUCUUUUCUUUCUUUCUUUUUUAAAAUUCUAUGUGGAAGUCAAAAGAACUGCACACUGAUGAGUCCUCAGGGGGGCUUGGGCUAAGGGCUCAGGUAGGGUAGGGUAGAGCAGGGUUUUGUGGGGUGGGAGUUUGGGUGUGUUUAAUGUGCCUAGCCUGUUUUCUGUCUUGUGUUGAAACUGGCAUCUGUUCUCUUGAAGUCUUUUACUCAUGCUGACGUGGUGCUAAUGGGUUGUUUCUUCUGUAAGUUGUGUUUUUUUGUUUGUGUUUUCCUCUUUUGUGUUGUCAAAGUUUUUGGGCGUGGGGGAAGCCUAGGAAAAAUACCACGGAGGGAGAAAAAAACCCUAAUGUCCUACAUUAACUAGUCCGUCUCGACCCAAUAUUUUCGAACGAUCCACACAGGACUAGAAGGUGUUCACUCUGACAGAAGCAAAGAAACUGUGUGCAUAGUGGCAUUCUUCCUUCACUUUCUUCUGCAUGUUCCCCAUCCUGCUUGUGAGCACGCCCUUCUCGUGGGCCGUGGUCACCCAUCGGUUUCGUUAAUUUUCCCUUCGCCUUGUUGUCAAGUGUUGGUCUCUUCUCGUUGCUGUGUUCCAGUCAAACUUCAGUCGAUAUCAGGCCACAGAACGCCACCGGCCAGGUUCCUAAUGGACGUCUUCCUGUCAAAUAAGGGGGCUCUGAAGACCUUCUUCUCAUCCAGUGCAUCUUGCUUCUGAUCUUCCUGCUUUUCCUUCUUGGGCUAACAGACACCAAGGUUUGGCCAUUUUUGCUGUGUGACAUGAAUCACACAGAUCUACAAGGUUGAAAUUUCAAGCAGGGGGUGGGGAGUGGAGGGUUGAAGCCCUAUUAUGAGAAACCAUACAAAGGUUGAAUUAAGCAGCCCCUUUGCAGUUAUUUUUAAAAUGUGCAGAAAAGGGUCACUAUGUAAAAGAAAUUACCAUUUAAAAACUUGAAUUUAUUUAAACUUGAAAGAAGACGUUUGCCUUAACUGUUCAGCUAAUCACUUGGAGUUUUUUAUUUUUAUUUUCUUAGCUUUUAGCUUUCAUCCCUUCUUUAUACCCCCCACCCCAAGGGUUUUUGGAGAAAGAAAAAAAAAAAAGUUCACAUAGCCUAUCACCUUGUCUUGCUCAGUUUCUAUUUUCUUUUCUGUCUUUUUCGAACUCCAAAUAGCAGAGCACACUUGGGAUUAAGUGAAGGAAGAAAUGGAAGAAUCUCAUUUGGCUGUUUAUUCAGUUCUUUGAUUUUCUUUUUCUUUUUUGUAAAUGCAAAUAGUUGAUACUGUAUUAAAUAUGUGCACUCAGAUGUGUGUACGAUGUCUGUACAGAUGUAAAUAAUUUGAAAAGAAAAAAAAUAUUAAAGAGGUACCCUUACAUUGGUUUAAAAGAGGAAAAAAAAGAUGUAUCAAAAUAAAUGUCAAUGCUGAAUUGGAUGCCA